UAUGAAGACCAAACAUGAAACUAUAUAUGAAGAAUGGUUAGCUAAGAAAAAUGUUAACACUGAUGCAAAACAACGAAAUCUUGAUGACAUGAUUAAACAGAAAACAAGUAAAUAUUCAUCAACUGAUGCAAGACAAGUUAAAUUAACUGAAUCUAUAGUAAAAGAUUUAAUAAUUGAAUGUGGUGUACCGUUAUCAUUGGUAGAUCAAAAUGGUUUUAAAAAUUUUAUGCAAGUAGCUGAUCCAAUGUACUCACUUUUAAGCCGCCGACAAUUAACUCGUGAUAAACUUCCAAAAUUACAUGAUAAAAUGGUUACGAAAUUAAAGAUAUGAUGCAAUAAUGCCGAACAUGUAUCAGUCACAUUAGAUGUAUGGACUGAUAGACGAUUACGUUCUUAUAUCGGUAUUACGUUGCAUACAUUUGUUGAUGACGAAUUAAAAUCAGAUUUAUUAUCAUUUGCACCACUAAAAGGUCAUCAUACAGCUGAUGUUUUAUUGGCUGAGUUUGAAAAAGUAAUUAAUUAUUAUCAUAUUGAAAAAAAAUUAGUACGUUUAAUUACGGAUAAUGCAGUCAAUAAUAUAAAAGCAUUCGAUGACAUUUUACUUCCCGGUUUUGAAACAUAUUUUGAGAAUGAUGACUGUAACGAUGAUACCAAUGGCUCUUUACAGAAUAAUAAUGAUGACGAUGAUUGUGAAGAAAUAUUUAAUGAUGAUUCGUAUGAUCGCUUUGAAUUAGUACCAUUAGCUGAUGAUAUUAUUCAAUGUGUAAGUGAAAAUUUAGAAUUAUUACGUUCACCAUGCUUCGCUCAUACGCUACAGCUGGUUGUUAAGGAUGGUAUUAAACACGCAUCUAAUGCAACUGCUGCCUUAACAAAAGUUGCAAAAAUUGCAAAAUUCGGUCAUAGCAGCACUUUAUUUGCUGAAAAAAUAGAUAAAUUAUCAAAGACAAUACCACGAGCAACAAAAUGUUGCUGGAAUAGUCAAUUUUUAACUGUUACUGCUGUUUUAAAUAUACCUAUAAUGAUACUCAAUGAUAUUUUAACUGAAUUAAAUAAAAAAGAACUAUAUUUAACAGAAAAAAAUAAAGAAGUUCUUGAUGAAUUUAUGACAUUGUUAUGCUUAUUUAAUGAAGCUACAGUUUUGACUCAAGCUGAUCAAACAGUUACAAUAAGUAUUGUUGGACCAGUCCUUCUUAAUCUAUUAAAUGACUGUAUCGUAAAAAUAAAUACAAAUGCUAAUACAUCGUGUUUAUAUGGUGAUCCAAUUUUUUUGAUGAGUCCAGUUUUAGAUGGACGUUUUAAAUUUCAAUGGAUAAAUGAUUGUGAUUUAUUAUCUGAUUUAACAAAAAAUAAUAUUAUUUUAACUAUCAAACAAUAUAUUAUUGAUGCAUGUAUACUUAAUUCAAAAAAUAACAUUAUUAAUGAUGAUGUUCAAGUGAUACCAGAAGAAGCCAGCAGCAAUAAUAAAAAUGCAACAUUUUCUGAUAAAGGAAAUAAAAAAUGUUUAUUUCCAACAUUAAAAGUUGGUUCAUUCAAAAAAACAAAAGUUGAUAAUUCAACUCCAAUAUCAGUUUCUUCGGAAAUUGAUAAAGCAGAUGCAUGUACAGAUAUUGAAUCGAAUUAUGGUGACAAUGUCAAUGAUAAUGCACCAUUAGCUAAUAAUAAUAAAAAGAAGACAAUUGUACAAAAUAAAAAGAAAAAGAAACAACGAGUUUAUUUAGAACCUCAUCGAAUAAUGCGUUAUAUGCAGGAUAAUUUUUCAGCUAUUAUUGGUGCUCGUGGUAAUCAAGCCUACAUAUUAGCUGCAACUCCUGUUCACGAUGAAUGGAUAAGUAAUAAUUGUGAUUUACAAGCCUGGCGAAAUUAUUUCAAAAUGGGUACAGAAAAUAAAUAUUGGUCCAAAGAAGUCAUCCAACGCAUGAAAAAACAUGAUGAUAUAAUAAACAGUCGAUUUAUCCAGAACAAGAUCAAUCGAUUAACAACUAAUAUAGCUCAAGUAAAUGCUAGUAUAUCAGGUUUAUAA